CCACUCCUCUGUCCUCUCCCAGUCUCAUCUCCAUUCUCCUCGUCGCCUCCUCUCCUCUCCUCGGCGUCGGACAAGGGACCCCGCGAGGAACCCGCCAUUCCCAGGAAGCAGCCAUGCUCCCCACGCCGUCCUCGUCGUCGGCGACACUGGUGCCGCCGGUGGGCGCGAACACGCCGCCGGCGUGGCCCGGCGAGGCGGCGUACCAGGCCGCGACUAGCAGCGGCUCGGGGCAGCAGCAGCUGGCCAUCAGCAACGGGGUGCUGCUCGCCGCGGUCAUCUUCCUCUUCAUGGUCGUCGUCUUCGUCUUCCUGCUCUACCUCUACGCCAAGCGCUACCUGGGCGCCAACCCGCUCCUGGCGCCCGGCACGCCGUCCUCGCGCUUCGUCUUCGUCGCCGCCUCCCCGCUCCCGCAGCGCGGCCUGCCCGCCGCCGCCCUCCGCUCCCUCCCCGUCACCGUCUACGGAUCCGCCACCGCCGCGGCCGCCUCCCCCGGGAAGGAGAGGGAGCGGCUCGAGUGCGCGGUGUGCCUGUCCGAGGUGGCCGACGGCGAGAAGGUGCGGACGCUUCCCAAGUGCGCGCACGGCUUCCACGUCGAGUGCAUCGACAUGUGGUUCCACUCCCACGACACCUGCCCGCUCUGCCGCGCCCCCGUCGCCGCCGACCUCGGCGCCCUGCCAAGGGAGGAGCCCGUCGAGUUCCCCGUCUUCCCCACCAACGUCCUCUUCUGGGGCACCCACGACGACGUCACCAACGCCGGCCUCGCCGCGCCGCCGCCGCCGACACUGCCUCCCCCCUUCGCCGGCACCUCCUCCACGAGCUCCUCCGCCUCGGGCCGCCGGAAGGAGAACCUGGUCAUCGACAUCCCGACGCGGGGCGUGGCCAUAAACACCCCGCCCAUGAACUCCCCGCUGCCGGCGAGCCGGAUGCCCGGAACCGCCGACGACAUGCGGUCCCCGGUCUCCGCCCGGCUCCGCUCCAUCCGCCGACUCCUGAGCCUCGGCAAGCAGGCCGUGGUCGGCACGUCCUACAGCCCGCGCGCCGCCGCCGCCGCCGGCGACAUCGAGCAGGGCGUCGCCGGAGCCGAGGCCGCCCGCCCGCCCAAGACGCCCAAGACUCCCCCAUCCGCGAACUGAUCCGGAUCUCCGAGCUCCGGGUCGCAUUUGGCCCCACCUCGCCGAUCACCGGAGCAGCUGCGCGGACAUGUGUUCAUUCUUUCUUUCUUCCCUUUUCCCUUCCCUUCUCGAUUAGUAAAAAAAAAAAGCAGAGAGAGGAAUUUUGGCCCGAAAUUCUGGUGUAAACCAAAGUAGGCAGACGUCGGUGUUCAUUGGUUGGUGGUGUGCUGGUGUUGGUGGAUAAUUGACCAAUUUGUUCAUACAUGUUGACGAGAUCGUUCUUGAACUUCA